AUGCCUGGGCGCCGACGCUGGCAGUUUUUCCCAGCCUCCCGCCCCGGGGAGGGAGCGGAGCGACACCUUCCCUGCCCAGGCCUUGCCAUACAGAGGCCAGGGUGUAUUCCUUUCAAUUCCCGUCCACUGUCUCCCCGAUGUGUCUUACAGCAUGUGCUUUCGACUGCGCUGUCGGCGCGUAGGCAUUUUGCCGCAAGCGUGCGUGAGCACUCGGGGAGCAGGCCUUGGGGCGCCCCAGGUGCUGCAAUGGCCCAUCCGCGCGCAUUCACUGAUGGCCGCAGGCGGCGCGGCGCUUCAGGCACCCUGGCCGUGCUUGCAGCUGCCGCCGCGUUGGUGGCGUGCUACAGUGGUGCCGGGGUCUCUGCCUGGGCCCAGGCUUCCGCCGAGGCAGCCAGCCGCCGCGCGCUGCUCGGAGGCGCCAUGCUCUGGGCUGCGGUUCCAGGGGCCUCUGGUGCCGCGGGGGAGAAGGUCGUGGUUCUUGGCGGCUCUGGCUUUGUCGGCCGCCGCGUGUGCGAGAGGCUGGCGGAGGGCGGCGCGGCGGUCACGAGCAUCAGCCGGUCUGGCUCGCCCCCACCUGGCGCGGGCGCGUGGGCCGCCAAGGUGACGUGGCUCAAGGGAGAUGCGACCUCGAUGGACCUAGGCCCUGCCUUCGCGGGGGCGGACGCGGUCGUCUCUGCGAUCGGCGCGAUCGGGUCUGCAGACGACGAGACCACCAACGGGCUCACGGCCGAGCGCGCGGCGGCGGCUGCCGCGGCCGCGAAGGUCGGGCGUUUCGUGCUCGUCUCUGCAACGCAGCUCGUGGCGGAUGCAGGGAUGGGUAGCGUGUUUCCCGGCUAUGUGGCCGGCAAGCGGCGCGCCGAGGCCGCGGUGGCAUCGUUUCCAGGUCAGACGUUGGUGCUCCAACCGCACGGUGGCGGAUUUUCGGCGGCGAAGAAUUCAGCGCGACCCCUCCGAGGGUUGCUGAGUGGUACGGGCAGCAGGUCGAGAACGUGCUAG